GCCAUUCCCGGCAGUGGCGCAUCACUGUUCCUCUCUUCUGGCAGGUCGAGCACUUGGUCGUCAGCAAGCUCUGUCUUCAUUCAGCAACAAACAAGACUCGCUAUGUUCGUAGCAUGCGUAGCUAUGCGACGUUCCAACUGCGAACAAAGCGUUGAGAGAACUGAAAAAGACCGCCAAAUAUCGCGCGAUGAAGAAAACGACGAAGACAGCGACGUAAGCGGAACAGCGAGCAAAAGACGCCAGUAGCGACGCGGCAUUCCAAAAAUCCCCUUCCAAGAACGCACGUUCCUUUGGAACGCAAGAACAGCCUCCAUGUUUCCGUCCGAGGUAUCCAAGAAGCUGUCGUUGUCCAACACAUCCCCCAAAGACCAGUCGUUGCUUACGCUGAGGUUCCCAAAGAAACUGUGGAAAAUCGUCAACGAGUGCAAGUCCGGAGCAAUAUCCUGGAGUUCGGACGGCAGUGCAGUGGUCAUCGACUAUACCAAGUUCCAGGUGGACUACCUCGACAACAGGCUGGAUAUCUUUAAGACGAGUAACAUCACUAGUUUCAUUCGACAACUGAACCUGUACGGUUUUCGAAAAGUGAGCCCGCACUACCGGGUCUCCGUCGGUAACCCCGAAAAUGCGGACGUGCAUAUCUUUAGGAACGACUCCUUUAUUCGUGGGAGGCCAGAUUUACUACAGGGAGUUACGAGGAAGACGGGAGCCCUGCGUGCAAGGAUGCUGCACCAUAAGGAUGAUCCGACGCAGUCAUCGUCGGGUAGGUCGCAUCACGUUGGUAUGGAUGGCUCCAGGGUCAUGCAAUGUCAGGGUCGUAACUUCUCUUCUCGCCACCGGCAAAUGGCUCUACGCCAUGCACUGGAAAAACAGCAUGACGCUUUCUCGCGACUGGAUCGUCAUUCUACAACGGGUUCUUCGGGGAAGCCUUCAGUCAAGGGUGGGGCUUCUGAGCUAAUGGAAGGUAUACCGUGGUAUUCUCAAGACUCAACCAGUGAGACUACAUCGAGCGAGGACGAUUACGAGUACAGCUACGACACCUACCGCGCCUCAGAUGACGUCAUUAAAGUGUCUAAUAAAAUCAAGCAGGAGCAAGUCCUUGAAAACGUUGAAGCUGAAGACUGUGAAAGCCUGCUGACCCCAAAGAUACACAGCUGGACUGGAGGGGAGUGCGGUUUUAGCGUCGGAAUAACUGAAGGCUUAGUACAACACCAGCACAGUCACAGCAGCAGCUGUCCGUCACCUACUUUGAGCGCUGCUGGCGACAUGGGACAACUACUCGACCCGAGUAAAUCUCCGAAGGUAGCACUUCAGCACGGUCGCGAGGGUGAACGCGUUCGUACACCUCCGCUGGAGGAUUCCUUCACGCUGGAAUCUGUUCUAAGUCGCAUGGAUAAAUCACUCAGUGAAAAGAUAUACUGCAUUCUGAUGACGGAAGACAAGAAAGAUGAUUCCGUUGGUAUGGCGAAGGAGAUCAUCGGAGCAGUGGGACCAGCACAGGCCACAAGGGUCAGGCCACCUGGAGAAAGAAUUGCUGACGUUGUAGACAGCGCUCCCAUGGCGAUCCUUGCCAGCUGGGAUGAUGAUGAGGCAACUGGUUCAUCACAACUCAAGUCCGCUCCCGGUAGUGUACCGUUGUAUUAUGUCUAGGCUUCUGUUUUCGUUAUGCACUCCAUAGUUUUCCUUCCUUUUUUUCAACUUGUUAAUCAUCCUCAGCGGCGUUUUAACAUAAGCCGGGUCGUAUUUCAGACGAAUUUACGGUGUAAAUACAUUCUACUCGUCUUUUUAGAUCCAUUUACAUCACUGGAUGCUCCUAUGAAAAGGAGGAGGGUAGCCUACAGGUUUCCGGUUUGAAUUUUAGGUAGCUUUGGUUGUUUUGUUCUUGCGUGGUUUUCAGUUCAUCUGCGAUGUGAUGUUGGUUCUGUUUAAACGAGUCUCUAUACAGUGGACAUGACGUGCAACAUGUAGGAGUCUAAUGUUAAUAAAAAUGGUUUAUGGGC